ACUUCGAAAUUUCUGCAUCGGAGUCAGAAACGAAGCGGUUGCGGAUUUAUUCUUUGCAGCCAAGGUCCCACAAGAUUUCCGGAUUAUCUGUAUCUUUAAAAUAAAAAAUCAGGAAGAGUUAAUGCAGUUGAAUGUAAUUAAGUACUGAGAGUUUGAUUUACCGAUAUAAAUGCGCCCCACGAAAAUGUCGGUUAUGUUAUGGUUCAUCUUUGCGAUCUUUGCUCUGCCGAACAUCAGCUAUGGGGUUGCAGUGAUGAGCAUAGACAUCGGCAGCGAGUGGAUGAAAGUUGCUAUUGUGUCUCCGGGUGUUCCUAUGGAAAUAGCAUUGAAUAAGGAAUCCAAAAGGAAAACUCCUGUAACGAUAUCAUUUCGAGAUGGUGAACGUACUUUUGGGGAAGAUGCUCAAACGGUAGCUGUGAGAUCUCCACAAAAUAGUUUUUCUUACAUAUUGGAUCUACUAGGAAAGCCUAUCGAUAAUCCAAUAGUUCAAUUGUACAAGAAUCGAUUUCCAUACUACGACAUUAUCUCUGAUGAUGAACGGAAGACAAUAGCUUUCAAGAUGAAUGAAAAUGUGACGUUUACUCCCGAGGAACUGCUUGCUCAAAUAUUGCACAAAGCUAAGGAAUUUGCUGAAAAUUCUGCAGGUCAGGCUAUUGAUGAAGCGGUAAUUACUGUACCAGGAUUUUUCAAUCAAGCAGAAAGAAGAGCCAUGAUGCAAGUUGCCGAAUUGGCAGGCCUUAAGGUUUUACAGCUGAUUAACGAUUAUUCAGCGGUUGCAUUGAAUUAUGGCAUCUUUCAUCGAAAGGAAAUCAAUGAUACUUCUCACUACGUCAUGUUCUUUGAUAUGGGAGCUAGCAGUACUGUCGCUACAGUCGUUGGAUAUCAGAAUCAGAAAAUAAAAGACAAAGGAUUUGUUGAGACACAUCCUCAAAUCAGUAUUUUAGGAGUGGGUUAUGAUCGCACAUUAGGUGGUUUAGAAAUACAAAUCAGACUGCAGAAUUAUCUGGCAAAAGAAUUCGAUGCACUCAAUAAGACGCCAAACUCUGUAUUUAAGAAUCCUCGAGCAAUGGCUAAAUUGUUUAAAGAGGCAGGGCGUGUGAAGAACAUAUUGAGUGCCAAUGCUGACCAUUAUGCCCAAAUAGAAGGACUACUCGAUGAGAAGGAUUUUCGUCUACAAGUCACUAGAGAAAAAUUAGAGGAGUUGUGUUCUGAUGUAUUCGAUCGGGUUGUUACUCCUGUUAAAACAGCAUUGGAAAUGUCAUCAUUAACCAUGGACAUCAUAUCGUCUGUGGUAUUAGUAGGAGCAGGAACUCGAAUGCCAAAGGUUCAGGAAAAAUUAUCCGACUUUGUUAAAACUGAAUUAGCGAAAAAUAUAAAUACCGACGAAGCUGCUGCUUUAGGUGCUGUUUAUAAAGCAGCAGAUCUUAGCCAAGGGUUUAAGGUCAAGAAAUUCAUAACGAAAGAUGCAGUACUAUUUCCUAUUCAAAUCGUCUUUGAUAAAAAUACUGACGGUAAAAUUAAACAGGUUAAAAGGACGUUAUUUGGCAGAAUGAAUUCUUAUCCUCAAAAGAAGAUUAUCACUUUUAACAAAUAUGCGGACUUUGAGUUUGGAGUGAACUACGCAGAACUAGAUUAUCUGCCAGCUGAAGAAAUAACGGCUAUCGGCAACUUAAAUUUAUCAGUCGUGACGGUUUCCGGGGUCGACGAUGCUUUGGCAAAACAUGAGAAAGAAGGCGUUGAAAGAAAAGGAAUCAAAGCUCACUUCUUAAUGGAUGAGAGUGGCAUAUUAAGUCUGAAUAAUGUAGAAUUAGUUUUUGAGAAAUCAAGUACUGCAGCGGAUGAAGAGGAAGGUACUUUCUCCAAACUUGGUUUAACUAUAAGCAAACUUUUUGCAGGUUCUGAAGAAAAAGCUCCCGCUGGUAAGGCUGAAGAGCAGCCAAAAGAUGAAGCCAAACCAGUUCACGAAGAACCUGAUUACCCUGGUUUGCAAAAAGAGGUUGACGAAAAAACAAAGAAAAGGAACGACUCGAAGUCAACAGAGGAAAAAAUACAACAAAAAACAGAAAAGGCAGAUAAAGAAAAAAAGCCGUCUGUAAUCACAAUCAAGGAACAUUUUGAUGUGAAGGAGAUUAAAAUGGGAUCACAGAUUUUAUCAGGAGAUAAACUCAAGGAGUCGCGUGAAAAAGUCGAAGCGUUAAACUUUCAUGAUUUAGAAAGGUCAAGAAGAGAAAGUGCUCUAAAUAAUCUGGAAUCAUUUGUCAUCGAUGCACAGCAGAAGCUUCAAUUCGAUGAAUUUAUUGCGGCUAGUAAACCAGAAGAGAUUGAAAACAUUUUAAAAGCAUGUGCCGAAAUCUCCGAGUGGCUUUAUGAAGAUGGAUUUGACGCUACUGCGGACACGUAUGAAGCGAAAUUAUUAGAACUUCAGAAAUUGACUACUAGCUUAUAUGAACGAGUAUUUGAACACAGAGAACGUCCAGAAGCUUUAAAAACAAUGCUGUCCAAGAUAAAUGCCAGUAAAACUUUUAUAACUAAUAUGCGUAACAUAAGCACAGCAAGCGACUUCUUUACUCCAGUGGAGUUUGAAACACUUGAGAAAAUCAUCAAUGAGACACAAGACUAUUACGAUUCAGUUGUGAAGGCUGCAGAAGAGACUCCUUUGUACGAGCCCGUAAAAUAUAAAGUACAAGAUAUAGCCAGUAAAAUGGACAUUUUGGUUCGCGAAGUGAAAUAUUUGAUGAAUAAGGAGAUGAUUUGGCGACCAAAGCAAAAUGCAACGGGAAGCCAGGCAGAUAAAAGUGAGAAAGAAAUGCCGAGCACAGGAAAAAGCCCUGAAGCAGAAUCCCCAGCGGGCUUUAAAACUAGUUCCGAAGCUGACACACCUAAGGAAUCAACAGAUCACUCAACCGAUUCGAUCGAGGAACAGUCAUCGGAAUCGACAGAAACGACAGAACGUGUAUUAGAAUUACCUGGUUCGUCAGAACCGUCUCGAGCGAAUUCUGAAACAUCUGAAAAGGAUGCGCACCAUGAACUUUAAAGGGUUAAUGUAUUUAAAACCAUUACAAAUUUGGGAUCGUUAUCCUCGGGUCCAUGUACUAGCCAAUCAUUCGUUCCAGUAGGCAUAUUUUGUGGCGUCGUUCACAAUCCGCAAGUACUUUAAGGCGGCAUGUCAGUCUAGACGGUCAAAAUAAGGAUCAUAUUUCAGAAUUUUGUUGAUUACCAAAUUGUCUUCUUGAAAUGGAAGUUCGUCCACUAUAAAGUACACGAUUUCAGAUAGAUGUUCUUACCUAAUGGUAGCCAUGGGCGGAGAACAUGCAGUUAAAAGCACGUUUGACGGUGCACUGAGCGAAAAAUUUCUUUUCUAAACAAAAUUAAUUACUUCUGACAAUCUAAAUGUUUAUUACUAAAUAAAUUGCUUGGUUCCAGCGAAAUUGAAUGUAGGAAUAAACGGCGUUGCAAGUCAGAUAAUAACAAUUUUAUAAAAAAUAGAAGUGGUUUUGCGAACAAACUUUCAUGCACAACGUUGGCUUCAGUCACCGAGAAUGUUGAUAGACGUGUCAUUUCUUUUGGAUAAAAUGUAUUUAGCUCGACUUAAUACUUGAUAUAAAAAACUAUUACUAGCGAAUAGAUAUUGUUACAAGUUGAUGCAAGCAUGAGUUUGCCGGCAAGUAACAUAAUUUUGAGGGUAAACAUCUAAUUUAUUACAAAUGUAUCAAAUUUCAUGCAAGAAUGUUACAGAGAAGAAAUGAUAAACCAUUUUCUCUGUUUUCACCCCUACAAGGGCUGGAAGCGGGGGAAUUUUCGCACCCAAAAAUGUUUGUACAGGAUGUCCUUUAACCAACGUGAAUGGAUGAAAUCACAGCCUUUUAAAAAUAUAAUUAAUAAGUAAAAAUCCGUAUGGGCGGCCUACGAAUCUAUCAUGGCAGUUCAAUAUGGCUUCUGCCGUUAUUCGGUGAACAUUUUCGGGACUUACCUAGAAUCGUUAAUGAAAAUCAAAUUAAGGCCACACAGGGAAAAUUGUAUACUUGUAAACUUCACACUCUAUCAGUGGUAAUUACUUUUAAACAGCCAAACUCAACAUUUUUGGUGCGAAUAUGCUAAACUGUAAACUAGAUUUCCCUCGCAUAAAAGUUGAGCGAAUUUACGCUAGGAACGCUAGUGUACGUCGUAACACCGCUGCACCGUGGAGGAAGCGCAGUGUGCUACCUGGUAGAAUGUCACAUGUUUCACAUGUUUAUAACGGACAUUUUUUAUCUACAGUAAAUAGAUGCAUUGAAAUCCUCGCUCUUACUGAUUGGGAUUGGUAUGGGUUGUAUUUAAUUGCGUUAAAUGUCGAAUUUAAAAUGAAUGUACUUGUAUUAAGUUGUAUUUAUGUAAUGGAUAUGCUUUAUGGGCGUGAGGUUUUAGAAAUGGUGUACAAAAAGCGAAGACAAGGAAGUAAAAGAGCGUCAUUUAGUUUCAUCGUGAUAUCUGGGACUUAAACUGGAGAAUCAGUUUGUCGAUUUGUGCUACAUUACUUCGGUACCAAUUUUCACAAUUAUAUUUCGUUGAUCAUUGUAUAAUAGGUAUCGUUUAACAUUUUCGCAUACUUCGUUAGAAUUCAACAUAAAAUUAUCAUUGUGGUUUGAAUACAUCAAGGAAAGUAAAUAAGACUCGACGUGACUCGAAUGUCUAUGAAAAGAACUCAAAGCGAUCGAUAUUGACAGAUGAACUGUACAGAUUGGAAUAUGCCCUUGAGAUAUAAGAUAAAACAGGCACAGACUUGAUAUUUUGGUCUUUGUACAAUGUUAAGUUAAAGAGGAAGAAAUUGUCUCAACUAAUUAAUGAUCGUUUCAGAUGUGAAUUCUUCUGAGAACUAUUAAGUUUUGGGUUGGCCCUUAAGUUCGUGCUAUUUAAACAUAAAAAUGUUAUAAUAUCUGUUUCAAGUUAGGGAUCGACAAACUUUUCUAACAUUAGGAAGAAGUAACCAACAGGGGAGAAAAUAAUAUCAAUUAAUAUUGUGAAAUUUGACUUCUUAAAAUACAUUUGUUUAAGUACUAAAAAAAAGAGUGGCACGAAUUUAUCGGACAACUCAACAUAAGUUAAAAUUAUCCAUUGAUAAAAAAUAUCGACAGUAAAUAAAAUGAGACGUAGGACGAUGUAACUUUUAAUAUUCCUCAUUUAUGUUUUAUGUAUUAUCAGUACACAUGCGUGUUUGCAGUUUCCUCCAUUCUUUACUCUGCUGGUCAAUAGAAAAGCAAUGGGUUGCAACAAGCAUCUUAAGUUUAUUACUCAGUCACUUAUUGAUACUUUAGAAGAUAUCAAUGUCUUCAGUAUCUUUAAGUAUCGUUAGUAAGUAAUUUCAUUUAUUAAAGGUCAACUAUGUAUAUUUAAUUAAACGACAUCGUUUAUGUAAACGUAUAAAAUGAAAGGAAAUAGAGAGUUGAAGUAA